GACGUACGCGCGGAGGGAUCCCAGCUUGUCAGAACCAUGGCCAGAGCGCUGAGAGCCAGUGAACGCCAGUCGUCUGUUGAACGUUAGUUCGGCCGCAGAGUAGGACGGAGACGCUCAAGAGAAGAAGUGUUUGCGGCCAACAUUUCCCCAAGCCAAUGUUAACUUUCGGAUAGUGCCGUUUGCUAGACUCUCUAGCGUGUCGGGGGCUAGCUUUCCGUUGACCUGCCUGUGUUCUACAGUGGAAAUAGCAAAAAAAUGUCGUCUCCAAGUCCGGGCAAAAGGCGAAUGGACACCGACGUGGUGAAACUCAUCGAAAGCAAACAUGAAGUCACCAUCCUCAGCGGACUCAACGAAUUUGUAGUGAAGUUUUUCGGACCACAGGGCACGCCGUACGAGGGCGGCGUGUGGAAGGUGCGAGUGGAUCUGCCCGACAAAUACCCGUUCAAAUCGCCGUCAAUAGGAUUCAUGAACAAGAUCUUUCAUCCCAACAUCGACGAAGCGUCGGGAACGGUGUGUUUAGAUGUCAUCAACCAGACGUGGACAGCCCUUUACGACCUCACCAACAUCUUUGAGUCGUUCCUGCCCCAGCUGCUGGCCUACCCCAACCCCAUCGACCCCUUGAAUGGAGACGCGGCCGCCAUGUAUCUACACAGGCCAGAAGAGUACAAGCAGAAAAUCAAAGAGUACAUCCAGAAAUAUGCAACAGAGGAGGCGCUAAAGGAGCAAGAGGAGGGCGCGGGCGACUCUUCGUCCGAAAGCUCCAUGUCCGACUUCUCCGAGGACGAGGCCCAGGACAUGGAGUUGUAGUGGUGGAUGUCCUCCUCGUCCUCCUGCACUCCCCCCCCCCGCCCCCACCCCCACCCCACACACAGAGACUAUAUUUGAUUUCCUAACCCAUGACAAAGCAGACUUAUAAUAUUCAUAUUUACACACCUUGAUUUUUUUAUUAUUAUUAUUAUUACUAAACAAGGAUUUUUAUGAAUAUCUAGCCUCCUCCUCUCCCCUCCCGACAUCGCUUCAUCCUCCUCCCCCCCUUCAUUUUUUUUCUCGUGUGUGUGUCAAAGGGGUGUUGGCGCCGCCCGCUACGAGCAAAGACAGUAUUUGAACAAGAGACGCACAAACACGCACAGGGUAUGUCGCCAUGCGCACGGGCGGAUCUGGUCCCGCUUUUGGAUGCCGGUUCAGCAGUUACUCACUUUUUUUUUUUUUUUUUUUUUUAAGAGGGGAGGGUGUCCAAACAACCCAUUUUGUCACUGAUCUGAGCGCAAUUUGGAUUUGCACUUCACCACUGAUGAUCCGUUUUCUCCUCUUUAAUUUCCCCCCCUCCCUCGCUUUCAUCCCAACGUAGGAGGGAAGGAGACGAGAUGUUUGGAUUGUUUUUGUUUUCUUCCCCUCCCUCUCUCUUCCUCCGCAUUUACGUGUCCACAGUACCAAACACGGCAGUCCAAGUGCUCGGAGAGGACCUCGCAAUGUAUUCCCCUCCCGAGAAUGCAGUAGUGUGGAUCCCGGCUCAGCUUCCCCUUCUCUGUGCCUCGUCGACAACAAAAGGAAGGCGAUCAAGGAGAAAAAAGAAAAAAAAAAAAGCACAUUUGGUAUUUCUCUUCCUCUCUGGACAAUCUACACGUAGAUGGAUGCUAACAUAUAGCUAGUUCUGGGUUGCAAGUCAUGCAAAUAGGUCGCAUUCAUAUGGCUUUAGUCUAUUUUUUUUAGUUGGCGUUUGUCGUGUGAUAUGUAUAAGAUGCUUCAUUUGUACAGAUGUUUCCUAGCGUAGUUCAUCUGAAACGAGAGCCAAAUGGAAAGCAGGCACCACGUUUUUUGGGUUUGUGUUGUAUCUCCAGUACAUUGGGUUCAGUGUAGCAGGAUGCAAGCUUUUUUUUUUUAACCUUAAAUUUUGGAUCCGCGCCCACUCAGGAUAACCCAAAAAGGUCGUUUGCAGAUUCUCUGCUUUCUAAUUCACUCUUGAAGCUGCCACCAAAUGUUCUUUGCCCCCAACCUGUCUCCCCCCCCCCCUCGCAUUCUUAAUCCUAAUCACCAAGCAGCAAUGUUGUGAAUUUAAUAAUAAUAAUCCCCUUCUCCUUGAAGAGUUUUUUUUUUCUUUUUGUUUGUUGGUUCAUUUUAAAAUAAAUCCAGAUUGGAAUUCUUGGUUUUACCUUUGUGCAGUAUUGUGCUGGACCUCUGUAACCUCACAUAAAGGGUGUUGGAAGAGGGGGGUGGGAAGUGGCCAAAAAAAAAAAAAUGGUAUCCUCUUAAAAGAAAGAAAGAAAAAAAAAAAAGGCAAACAGGUUUGUUUCUGUUAAAGUACUACUUUUGUUUUUUUAAAACUCAUUGUACACCUGCUGGGUAAUAAAGUGAUCAUAUGCUCAGCCAACUGUUGCUGUUAAAAAGUCAACUCACAAAUGCCUUUGUACUGUAAAUUAAUUGGAAUCAAUUCACUAGCGGGGAGUCUUCAUUUUCAAAUUGAAUUAGCUUUUCAUGACUUAGCCAAAUAAGUAAAAUAUCUUGAGUGGCCCUGGUUGAAAAUUGCACCUGGACAGAUGACAAGGAGUUGACGCGUGUUGCAUCCGGAGCUGUUGUGUUUUCAGCACAGUGUCUACCUAUUGUGCACUUGCAUGCACACACCCACCCCAUUCCCGUUAUUUCUUGUGCCACCACUUUUGGACAUGUCAAUGCCCACACAUACACACAGCAUGUACUCUUUGCUACCUAGUGUUGUUUUCUUUUUAUUUUCCCCCCCAAAAGUGCAUCCUUGGUCUGAUUCACACCACCCCCUUCACUUGGCCUCCCCUCCUUUUCCCCUUUUUAUAUUUUUAUGUUUUUGACAUUGUGAAGUGGGCAUGCUUGUCAAAAAAAAAAAAAAGACAAAAGGACAAAUGCUCUCCAUUAAAUAGGCAUAUAACCUCAUAAAUAGUGGUGUAAAAAAAUAUACUGUUAUAACUUCUCUUUUUUAAUAAAAA